UCAAGUUCUGGCGCAUUCUACGUCAAAACAAUUUUUCUUACAUAUGCACCACCACAUGAUUCUUAUAGUAGUAUGUCCGUGAAGAACAAAUACUUUCAGACUUGUAUUACUCCCCACUUUCUCGCACGUCACUGCAAACACUUUUCUAAACAAUUCGGAAACAAUAAUAGCCAUUUAUUUUAAGGAAAUCCCAUUAGGAGUGGAGCACAUAAAUCAUUCAGGAAGGCGAAAUUCGUUCUGAUAGACGGCCAGGCCGAAGUGGAAAAAACGUGUGUGUGUGAAAACCGAUAUGCCCACCAUAUGGAUUCUACAAUGGUUAUGAUACUUUUAGGAUACUUGAGGCAGAUCCGAGUUUAUAGAGAUU